GUGUGUGAGUCCACUUCCUCUUUGUAUACACUGCUUUGAGCCAAACAAGUAUUAAUUACACACACUGCUUGAGUUUAUAGUUGAGGGCACAGGAACAGACGGAUUGAGUAGGAGAGUUUAUCUGUACACUGAAGGACGGAUGGAGAAACAGAAUAACUGACGGACUGAAUGACACCAAAAUAGAGACAGAACGAUAUUUUUUGCUUGUUUUGUUGAGCUUUAAAGGCAAAAGAAGAAGUUAAUUCAAGCACACUGGUCAUCAUGCUUGGUGAGGCAUUCCUCCAUGUCCUGAACUACACUGAGAAAUCCCCUGAACACAUCGCCCUCACCAGGACGAACAAGUUGUCUCGCGUUAUCUCACGCUCUGUUCCUCCUCCAGAAGCUGCAGCAACUCACCUGAGCUCCAGAUCAGCCCUGACGCCUCGGCCACUGCCAGCCAAUCAGCCUGAAGGCCCUGAAAAAUCUGGACCUCACCUGACCUCACCGCCCAGUACGGCUCUCCCAAUCCCCAGCAGCAGUGUGGAGGAUCACUGGGGCCUCAAGGCAAUGUACUGCCCAAGCUUCUACAAAGCUUACCCAGACCUUCAGCUAGCAGGUGACACUGUGGGUCCCCUGAACACGCCUCCACAAUCCCACAGUCCUCUGCUGAACUCUGAGGAUCUCGGUUUCCUGGAGGCCUCAAUGGAGCCCAGGGAGCUGGUGGAGGAUCACGGCAUGACUGACGAGGCCUACUUGGUCAUGGAGAGCAUGAAAAGCCUCGGGAAGGAGCAGAGGCUCACCAACUCCAUGCUGAAUGGCUUUCUGGAGACUCAGCUGAUGGAGGUCUAUCGGCAGCACAUGCAAGACAGCCUGGCUCGCUGUGGCUCCUCCUCGCUCAGUGCUGGCGUGGUGCCAGGAAUCUGCGGGCAUCUAAGCGCGUCUGACAGGAACACGACCACUCAGGGGAACGAGCUGCACUCCAGCCAAAGCCAAAGCAGCAUCAGAUACUUGAGCACCUGCUCGGCUCCACCCACUUCACACUUUAGCACACCUGUGCUGCGCAUUUCAUACCAACAAGAACCUGAAUCCUGAUUAUCAGUGGAAACUAUUCUUUAAAUCCUUGAUUCUUUAUUAAAACACAGAGGUUCCAUGUUAUUGACAAGAGAUCUAUUAUCAAAUCUAUUA